AUUUAUUUCCAAAAAACACUCAUUAUGGAUAUUAACGAUAUAUUUAAAGAGUCAGUAACCAGCACUACGCUGAAUGUCGGCAAGGGAAAGCGCAAGAUGGGCUCGGCCCCCAGCAUGCGGCUGCUCAAGGAGCGCGGCUACGGUAUUGAAGGUGAGGGCGAAGUGACCGAGGGAUCCGCCAAGCGACCGAAACCCGACGACAACAACAGCGACGUCUCCGAUAUAGACGACACCGAAGGCGGGCGUUUCUUCUCCGACGGCCUAACAAAGCAACAAAAGGGCGUCCUGCAAUGGGUGGACAACGCUGAGGACAUUGAGGAGCAUCUGGACAAGGACACGGUGCGCCGGCUGGUUGCGCGUCUAGAGCGUGCAAUGUCGAAAAACACCGAGGACCGGAUUAAGUACGCGCAGUCGCCAGCAGAAUUUGCCGAAUCAGAAGCUGACCUGGAUGAAGCUCUAAGGAAUUUGCUCCCGUUGACCAACAGUGUGCAGGAUUUGCAUGUUCUCGAUGACUUGGGUGCAUUGCCGACUUUGGUUGAGCUGCUGGGUCAUGAAAAUGAGGAUAUUGUGAUGGACAUUGUUGAGCUUGUGAGCGAGCUGACUUCGAUGGACGCGUGGAGCCAAGAGGGUGAGUCGCAGGAGGAGCGCCAGCAGGUAGUGGGGUUCAUAAAGGCCCUGGAAAAGCAUGCUUUUUUUGAGGCCCUGGGUCACAGCCUGCGGCGGCUGGACGAGAGCACCGGGUCUGCUUACGACAGCGAUGACGCUUCGGGCGUGGCCAAGAUGCUGGACAUUGUUGAGAAUCUCACAACCCUGGAUGCAUCACUGGCCGAGACCGCUGUCAACUCCAUGAGGCUUCUGGACUGGCUGCAAGCACGCAUAUGCACAAGCCCCGAUACAAGUAGCAGGAACAUCGAGACAACCGAUGUCAACCAGCAGUAUGCCGCCGAGCUCAUUGCUAUUUUGCUUCAGACCUCGACGAAAAUCUGCCAAUCCGCGGCGAAAACACCUCUAAUGGAUGCACUGCUCAAGUGUCUAGCCAAGUACCGCAAGCGUACGCCCGAGGAUGCGGUAGAAAUGGAGUAUUUGGAAAACAUUAUCAACUCGCUCUGCGUGCUCGUUGCUACGCCGCAGGGAAGGCAUGAGUUCGAGUCAUUGGAGGGUGUUGAGCUUCUGGUAUUGCUACAGAAGCAGCCGGAGAUUGGCCGCCUGUUGUCGCUUAAGAUCCUAGACUACGCGUUGUCACCGUCAGAGACCGCCCUCGAGCAGGUUGGCGCCUUGGACGCUGAUCUGCUCGUCCGGCGGUCUAUCGCUAAGCGGUAUAUCGAGGGAAUGGGCCUGAAAUACCUGUUUUAUGUGCUGAUGAGACGCGGAAAGGGCGCCGCCCAGAAGCUCUACAGGGACCACCCAGAGUCCGACGAGCGCAUCAUGAGCUGCGUGUCCUGGCUUUUCCGACUCACCGAGAGGGAGUCUCCGUUGCAUUGGCGCGUGUUGGCCAAAUUUGUGCCUUCGCUGGCGGACGAUGCUAGCUGGAAGCUCCAUGUUGACCGCUUGGUUGAACUGAACAUCCAGUACUUUGACUCGCUGAGGGAGGCUGAAGAGCAGAUGAAUGCGAGCGACAGCGAGGGCGAAGACAAAGAGGAGGAGCGGUAUUUGGUUAGACAGGAUGCUGGUCUUUUCUCUCUGCAAAUGUCGGAUAUUGUUAUUGCGUUUGUGGCUGUGGAUGGCGAGGCACGAGAGCGCAUUGAACAGAGGUUAAGGCGAAAGGGGCGCAGUUUGGAUAUGGUUGUGGAGGAACUCGCCGAGUAUAUUUCUGUCAAGCAGGCGAGCUCGCUCGCGUCCUUGAACCCCAAGGGCAAGGCCAAGGCCACCGCUGGCACCACAAAUCUGUCAAACAUGCUCGACAGUUUGUAAUGACAAUGUUCAACACUGGAUAAAAUAAGGAGACUACAAAUAUCUAAUGAAAAUUCAAACCCAAUCCGCUGCUAAAUGCUUAUGAAUGGUUCACAUGUGUGUGCUGCCUUUUUCCUACCUUUUCUAAAUAAGAAAAAAAAUGAAAAGG